AUGGAGCCGUCGCCGCCGGAGCUGUUGGAGGAGAUCGUGGAAGAGGUCCUGCUCCGCUUCCCGCCGGACGACCCCGCGAGCCUGGUCCGCGCCGCCCUCGUCUGCCGGCUCUGGCGCCGCCUCGUCUCCGCGGCCACCUUCCGGCGCAGGUUCCGCGAGUUCCACUUCCACCGCACGGCACCCCUGCUGGGCGCCCUAUGCCCCGGCAGAGCUGGCGCCGGAGACCUCCGGCCAACGUCGCGCUUCGUACCCACGUCCUCCUUCCGCCCGCCCCACGCCGCCCGCUACGGCUGGAACGCCGUCGACGCCCGCCGCGGCCGCGUCCUGCUGGAGCGCUGGCCCUGGGGCAGCGGCCCUCUCAGGACCGAGCUCGCCGUCUGGGACCCCGCCACCGGCGAGCAGCGAGAACUGCCCAGCUUGCCGAUGGAGCUCAACGUGUACCCGCGCAGCUGGGCCGCGGCCGUGCUCUGCGCCGCCGCCGGCAACUGCGACCACCUCGACUGCCGCUGGGGAUCCUUCCUGGUUGUCUUCGUGGAAAUCGAGCACGACUCAAACAAGAUCUGCUCGCGCAUCUACUCGUCCGAGCUCGCCGCGUGGGGCGAGCAAACCUUUAGUGACCUUCGCUGUCGCCAUGACCAUGACCACUGCUUCAAGCCGGAGCCCGGUGUCCUCAUGGGGAAUGCGCUCUACUUCCUGUUCAAUUCAAACCAUGGAAUCGUGAGGUACGACCUGACCACCCGGGAAGCAUCUACGAUCGACAUGCGACCGGCAUUCCAUCCGCAGCAUAUUGUGCUCAUGACCAUGGAUGAUGGUAGGCUAGGAUUCGCCGCCAUGGAGGACAACAAUUGCGGACUCAAACUCAACCUAUGGUCGAGGGUGGUUGGUGGAGACGACGACAAAGAUGCAAGAUUUGUUCGAUGCAGAGUCAUUGAUCUUCCCAAGGCGCUCAAUGCACCCAAGGUCUCGCCUCAUGCGAGCGGCUUUGCGCAUGGUGCCGGGGUUCUUUUCAUCUGGACGUUUGAUGGUUUAUACAGCAUGGACAUAAAGUCUGAAGAGCUCAGGGAGGUGCCGGGUACCAGGUACUGCCAUGGCUUCGCAAACGUUGUUCCGUACUUGAGCUUCCACACUCCAGCAGGUACAGCUUUGCUCCUUUAUGAUAGAUAG